CCAGUUCCUGUUUCGGCCCCCGGGCCUUGCAGACGCCGCGCUCUCCCGCCGGGGCUGCUGCGCCGCGCAGGAUGGGGUCCCGCCGGCGCUGGGGCCGUCCCUCGUCGGGGCCGCCGGGCGCCUCCGCCCCGCCGUGACCGCCCGCGCUCGCGCCGGAGCCGCGCUCAGGAUGAAGGGCUGCGAGGGGGACGCGGGCGAACAGGCCCCGCUGAACCCGGAGGUGGACAGCCCCUCGGGCUCGGCCACGUACCGGGAGUUCGUGCACCGCGGCUACCUGGACCUCAUGGGGGCCAGUCAGCACUCCCUGCGGGCGCUCAGCUGGCGCCGCCUCUACCUCAGCCGGGCUAAGCUCAAAGCCUCCAGCCGCACGUCCGCUCUGCUGUCGGGCUUCGCCAUGGUGGCGAUGGUGGAGGUGCAGCUGGAGAAUGAUCAUGACUACCCACCAGGCCUGCUGGUGGCAUUCAGCGCCUGCACCACUGUGUUGGUAGCUGUGCACCUGUUUGCACUCAUGGUCUCCACGUGUCUGCUGCCCCAUAUUGAAGCCGUGAGCAACAUUCACAAUCUCAACUCUGUCCACCAGUCGCCACACCAGCGACUCCACCGAUACGUGGAGCUAGCCUGGGGCUUCUCUACUGCCUUGGGCACCUUUCUCUUCCUCGCUGAAGUUGUUCUGGUGGGCUGGGUCAAGUUCGUGCCCAUUGGGGCACCUGUGGACAAGCCAGCUCCUGUGGUACCCAUGUCCCAGGUGCCACCAGUGACUGUCUCCCUUAGUUUAGCUUCCAACCUCACACCAUCCCCCGCUUCUACAGUCACAUCACAGCAGCCUUCCAAAUCCUGCCCACCCCGGCAAGUGUGUGGUGGCACCCAUGGGCCAGGUUGGCAGGCAGCUAUGGCCUCCACCGCCAUCAUGGUACCUGUGGGACUUGUGUUUAUGGCCUUUGCCCUGCACUUCUACCGAUCCUUGGUGGCCCACAAGACAGACCGCCACAAGCAGGAGCUUGAGGAACUCAGUCGCCUGCAGGGGGAGCUGCAGGCUGUGUGAGCCUGGCUUUAGACUGUUGUAAACAUUGCCUCAGAGACCCCAGGGAGCUGCAGGACCUCAUUCCUUGCCCCAGGCUGAAGCCACCUCCUGUAAAGCUACUCUCAGGUAGAGGCCAAAUUCCUCAGAGUCCCACAGUCUCAGGGAUGAUGCCUGUCAUCUUGUCCCAAUGGACUCUGUAAGUGCCACUCUGCUUGCCUGGAGGAAGAGAGGAAGUAGAAUCUAUGUCAGUCUAAGGAUCCUGGAAUAGAUGGAAGGAGGCUCUAGUGUGAACCUUGGUGGUGCUGAGGGGCCGUAGCUUGCUCCUCCACAGGAAGGUGACAUACCUGCACAGCCAUCCUUGCUUAUGUGAAGACAGGGGUUGUGCAGCUGGUUGACUCCCUGGCAAAGGGUGGGUGAGUUUCUAGGGGAGAAAAUUCAGCCCUAAAAUGCAGAGCCCUUCAGACACUGAACUUUUUGGGGGAGGUGGAGGGGUGUUGGUUGGAGCCUGGGUCUCACUAUGUAGCUCUUGCUGUCCUGGAGCUCCAUCAGUAGACCAGGCUGGCCUUGAACUCAACAGAAAUUCACUUAACUUCCCUCUGCCUCCCAAGUGCUGGGACUAAAGGUGUGCACCACCACUCCCUGGCUCAGACACUGAAUUUUUGAUGCACCUUGUUUUGUAAAUAAAAUUGUCUCACAUA